CUGGUUAAAAUCUGCCUUUUACCAAAACGUCUAGUCGAUUCCGUUUUCAUAUUUUAGUGAUCAAAGAAGCGUGUUUUAGGACGUUUGUAUUUUAGAAGCACAUACAGAAUUAAAAUAUAUGCUAAUAAGUUGUGUAAUAUGUCACAUUAAGCCUAGUGGCAAAAAGUUGGCCUAUAAACCAAUUUUACAACCAUUUUUUGACUCGCUUUCACUCGCUAAACGCCACAUUUCAGCUUUCCCGGCCUUAUUUCCUUUUGUUGUUCAUUGUUCCUCAAGUAGAAAUCGGUGUUUCCGGCAGCACGUUAAGGCAGCAGCGUUGUUUGGCGAACUCGUGCUGAGCAGAGGAGCCUCGCUGACUGCAACAGUGAUUGUAGUGAACGAGUAUGUCCGGGUAGUUUGAGUUGAAGUUUACUUCAGUGAAACUGGCCGCAGUAUUCACCACAUGUGCUCAUUGGAGGUUUCCAAAGCACUGAAUUAAAUGGAGCUAGAGGACCAAUGGUGGAAAGGACAACUCGCUGCAGAUAUGUACCAGGAGCUACGAUACAAAGAACUCAAGUUGCCCUCCUUCAAAGGCCAGUCACCUCAGCUCAACUUCAGGCGAUACUUUGCAGACCUCAUAGCCAUUGUCAGCAAUCGCUUCAGGCUGUGUCCUGCAGCCAGACACCUGGCCGUCUACCUGCUGGACCUCUUCAUGGACCGCUAUGACGUCACGGUGCAGCAGCUUCACAUGGUCUCACUCUCAUGUCUUCUUUUGGCCAGUAAAUUUGAGGACAGGGAGGACCGAGUGCCCAAGCUGGAGACCCUGAACAGCCUGGGCUGCAUGAGCUCCAUGAAUCUAGUCCUGACCAAGCAGGGUUUGCUACACAUGGAGCUGCUCCUGUUGGAAACCUUCCAGUGGAACCUGUACCUCCCCACAGCCGCUCAUUUCAUAGAAUACUACCUGUCUAUUGCAGUCCAUGAGGGAGAUCUGCAUGACGGCUGGCCUAUGACCUGUCUGGAGAAGACCAAACUCUACAUGGCCAAGUAUGCCGAUUACUUCCUGGAGGUCUCCCUCCAAGAUCAUGUGUUUUUGUGUUUUGCCCCCUCACUGGUGGCUGCUGCGUGUGUGGCCGCCUCCCGCCUCAUCCUCCACCUGUCCCCUACAUGGCCACCCCGACUGCAGUGCCUCACAGGCUACACAUGGGAAAACCUAGUCCCAUGUGCCGAGAAGCUGCUAAUUGCACAUGACAGUGAUGUCAAAGAGGCCAACAAGCAGAAGUGCCAGCAGCCCAGCCAGCAGCCACCGCAGCAGCAGCAGCAGCAGCAGCAGGGCCAGGCGGUGUACCACAGUUCAAGCCAGGCAGCCUCUGUGGCCCAGUACCUGCACAGGCCCAGCAUGCAGUACGCCCAGCAGGCUCCGCAACCAGGCCUGGCCCUUAACCACAGGUCUGCCUCCUACCUCAGCCACUCCAGCAGCCUGCAGGCCCCGAACGUCGGCAACGCUCAGGCCAUCACAGCCUCGCUAGAUCCAAAGUCUAACAUUCCCAACAGGGCUUACCAAGUCAGCAUGCACUACACCUGCGCUGCUCCAUGCUUUGACAGAUAAUGAAUGUUCAGGAUUUAGUUUUUGGGGAGGAGGAGAUGUGAUCUGUUUCUCUGGGACAGAAGAGAAUACACUGAAUGAAAAGACGUGUUUUUAAUUUCAAGAGACUUUGAUGAGAUAGGUGCCGCACUUUGAACAAUAAGGUGUACGCGAUGUGCAAUAUGCAUGCUCUGCUGACAUUUCUGUGGCGAGCCUGCAUGAAGAAAAUUUUUUUUCAAGAUGUUUGAGAUAUCGGGUGUGAAUGUUGUUGUGAGGUGGCUAGAGGCAGAGUUUGCACCACUGUACCCACCAGUGUUACUGUACAGUUUAGCUACAGACCAAAAGUCUUGUAUUUAUUUAAGCCAAAUUACCUCAGAAGUAUUGAACGUACACGUGCCUAUAGCUGUGAUGUUCAUUACUAUGCUAAGUUAACAGGGCAGUAACAAGAAGGGAUUUCUGCCAGUUUGUGGUGGACGAGAAAUAAGAGAGCACAGUUUGUAUAAGUUUUCUAUACCUUGAACUUGUUUUUGUUUUGUUUUUGUUGAUGAUUGUCAUUUGUAAAACUAGGAAAGAACGUAGUCCUCUUGAUGUCACGAUUUAUUUGUAGAGAAAUUUGUUGCUCUUCUGUACACAGAGGAUUUCAGUCAGUGCUGUGCACUAUUACGAUAGUUUUAAAUAAAAUACAAAUCUCUGUUAGUUGAACUGA